AUGAGCAUGAACACUAAUGUUGACAUCUCAUCCAUCAUGAAUCAAAUUGCUGUACUAACAGCAAGGGUAAGUGAGCAUGACAAACUUAUGGAACGUUUCGCUGCUAUGGAGGAGCAAAUUUCCUCAUUAAAGAGCAAGAAUCAAGACCUAGAGCGUGAAAAUGCUGCCCUCCGUGCCCGCCUGGCUGAAGCCUCGGUCAGUCCCGCUGCCCCCACUGGAGCCCCCGCUGGAGCCCCCGCUGGAGUCCCUGCCGCCCCUGCCGCCUUGCCUGCCGCCCAAGGUACUGCUGCCUCUAUGUGGAGUACUGUUGCCGCCCGUGCCCCAAAGGCCCCAAAGAGUUCUCCAAAGACUCCUAAGGUUAAGAAGGCGUCACCUAAGCACCGUGAAGCUAUUGUACGUGGCUUCAAUGAAGUCACAGGUCCUACUGGGUACACAACUGUGUACAUUAACCGCUCCCGCCGAUUCACCAAGACUGAAGUAAGGCGUAAUCUCCGUCUCCUCGGCGCCGAACCUCGCCGUAUCAUUGACGUCUCGUUCCCUGCCCGCAACAUAAUUGGCUUGUUGAUCCAUAGGGGUUUCCAAGAAGAGUUUGAGCAACUCUUGUCCACUGCCAAGGUCUCCGUCAUCAAAAACUUUGAUCCUUUGGACCCUGUUCAUGUUGCUGACCCAAAGUACAAGUCUUUGGAUGUCUCCUCUCGUUCGGACGUUGCUCUUCGCCUCCAGAACCAACGUUCUAUCUUGUCUCUUCAGUACUUGGCUAAGUACCGUGCCCCCUUGUUUGCUCCCGUUGCUCGUGAGUACCUGAAUCAAGGUUGGAUCUCUGAAGAGGACUUACCUUCUCUGGCUCCCCGUAAUGCUCUUGCUUCCUGGGAUGAUGUGGAUUCCUUUUCUGUCUCUUCUCUUGCUGCUGGUCCUACUGACACCGAAAUGCUCGAGGAUUAUUAA